CAUGAAGAUUGAAGAAGCAUUUAGAGUCAAACAAGAAGAUACUGAGGAACAAACAGAUCUGAUGGCACUGAAAGAAGAGAGGGAAGUACUGAAUGAAACUGAAGAGAAAUAUCAGUAUGAGAAUCUUCAUGAUUUCAUAACAGGAGAAAAAUCUUUUUGUUCCUUACAGUCUAAAAAGACUUCCACACGAAAAAGAGCUCAAAAGAAAAGAACUAGGAGUUACUUAACUUGCUUUCAUUGUGGAAAGACUUUUAAACAACAAGAAAGCCUUAACAAGCAUAUGAGAUUUCAUACUGGAGAGAAGCCUAACACAUGUUUUCGGUGUGGUCAGAGUUUCAGUGAAAAAGAACACCUUAAAGUCCACAUGAAAACUCACUAUGGAGAGAAGGAUUUCUCAUGCUAUCGGUGUGGAAAGACUUUCAGUCAAUCUGGAAACAUUAAACUCCACAUGAAUAUUCACACUGGAGAGAAACCUUUCACCUGCAAAGAUUGUGGAAAAGGUUUUAACCAAAAAGGAAGCCUUAAUUACCACAUUAAAGUCCACACUAGAAAGAAGCCCUUCAUCUGCCCUCUGUGUAGAAAAUUUUUCAAGCGAGAACAAAACCUUAAAGUUCACAUGAAAGUUCACACUGAAGAGAAGCCAUUCACGUGCCCUCAGUGUGAAAAGAGUUUCAGACAAAAACGAUACCUUGACGCCCACAUGAGAAGAAUUCACACUGGAUAGAAGAUUCAACUGAAAAGAUAACCUUAAGUACCACAUGAAGAUUUACACAAGAGGGACCUGUUUGAAUGUCAUCAGUGUUGUAUGAGUUUUACAGACAAGAAAAACCUAGGAAUCAUUCAGGACACCGGAGAGAAGCCUGUCAUGUGCCAUCACUGUGGAAAUACUUCCAGAAACAAAGCAAAUCUUGAGUUUCAGAUAAGCUGGAUGAUGGCAUACCAUCUUCUGUAGAGCUGCUUUACAGCUGAAUCACAUCUUGCAACAUUGACAUUGGUACUAAACCAACUGAAUUUAGUCAACACUGAACUGAUUCUAAUUGAAUAACUGCAUUGAUGUCUUUUGUAGAACUGUUUACAGCAGAGUUGAUGUUAUUGCAAACUGAAGAACUUCCCAGUUGUUCCAUAAUGUUUAAUAACACUUUUAUUUUUCUUUUAGACCAGUUUUACAGCAGAUUUUGAAUUUUCCUGUUUAUUUUUGUUAAGUGCUUUGACAGUCUGUAUUAUAAAUAGCAUUAUUGAAAUAAAGCUGACUUGAUAUAAGA